CCGAAGCGGCGUGGAUGAUCCGCGACCUGAGCAAGAUGUACCCGCAGACCCGGCACCCGGCUCCGCACCAGCCAGCGCAGCCCUUUAAAUUCACCAUCUCCGAGUCCUGCGAUCGGAUUAAGGAGGAGUUCCAGUUCCUGCAGGCGCAGUACCACAGUUUAAAGCUAGAAUGUGAGAAGCUGGCCAGCGAGAAGACAGAGAUGCAGCGGCAUUAUGUCAUGUAUUAUGAGAUGUCCUAUGGGCUGAAUAUAGAAAUGCAUAAACAGGCAGAAAUUGUGAAGAGGCUGAACGCUAUAUGUGCACAAGUCAUUCCCUUCCUGUCCCAAGAGCACCAGCAACAAGUGGUGCAGGCUGUGGAGCGUGCCAAGCAAGUGACCAUGGCAGAACUGAACGCAAUCAUUGGGCAGCAACAACUCCAGGCCCAGCAUUUGUCACAUGGACAUGGUCUCCCUGUACCUCUGACUCCGCACCCUUCGGGCUUGCAGCCUCCAGCCAUCCCGCCCAUUGGCAGCAGUGCUGGCCUUCUGGCACUGUCUAGUGCGCUGGGAGGGCAGUCACACCUCCCAAUCAAGGAUGAAAAAAAGCACCAUGAUAAUGAUCACCAAAGAGACAGAGACUCCAUCAAGAGCUCUUCUGUAUCUCCCUCAGCCAGUUUCAGAACAGCAGAAAAGCACAGAAAUUCGACAGAUUAUUCUUCAGAGAGUAAAAAACAGAAAACAGAAGAGAAGGAAAUAGCAGCUCGUUAUGACAGUGAUGGUGAAAAGAGUGAUGACAACUUGGUAGUUGAUGUUUCCAAUGAGGAUCCUUCCUCUCCACGGGGGAGCCCAGCACACUCUCCAAGGGAGAAUGGCUUGGACAAGACUCGACUGCUGAAGAAAGAUGCUCCAAUUAGUCCAGCGUCUAUUGCAUCCUCCAGCAGUACUCCUUCCUCUAAAUCCAAAGAACUUAGCCUUAAUGAGAAAUCUACUACUCCUGUAUCUAAAUCAAAUACCCCAACUCCACGGACUGAUGCACCGACUCCAGGCAGCAACUCCACUCCUGGACUGAGGCCCGUGCCAGGCAAACCUCCAGGUGUGGACCCACUAGCUUCAGGUUUAAGGACACCUAUGGCAGUGCCGUGUCCCUAUCCAACUCCAUUUGGUAUUGUGCCGCAUGCUGGUAUGAAUGGAGAACUGACCAGUCCUGGAGCUGCCUAUGCUGGUCUACACAACAUUUCCCCUCAGAUGAGUGCAGCGGCUGCAGCGGCUGCAGCAGCUGCAGCUUAUGGGAGAUCUCCAGUGGUUGGUUUUGAUCCACAUCAUCAUAUGCGAGUCCCAGGCAUCCCUCCCAAUCUCACAGGCAUCCCUGGAGGAAAACCGGCAUACUCGUUUCAUGUAAGUGCAGAUGGCCAGAUGCAGCCUGUUCCUUUCCCUCCCGAUGCCCUCAUCGGUCCAGGAAUCCCUCGCCAUGCCCGUCAAAUCAACACUCUGAACCAUGGGGAAGUUGUGUGUGCAGUUACCAUCAGCAACCCCACGAGACAUGUGUACACGGGUGGCAAGGGGUGUGUCAAAGUCUGGGAUAUCAGCCACCCUGGCAACAAGAGCCCUGUCUCUCAGCUUGACUGCCUGAACAGAGAUAACUACAUCCGUUCCUGCAGAUUGCUCCCUGACGGCCGCACCCUGAUUGUUGGUGGAGAAGCCAGCACGUUAUCCAUUUGGGACCUGGCAGCUCCGACUCCACGCAUUAAAGCGGAGCUGACAUCUUCUGCUCCAGCUUGCUAUGCCCUAGCGAUCAGCCCCGAUUCCAAGGUCUGCUUCUCUUGCUGUAGUGAUGGGAAUAUUGCAGUGUGGGAUCUGCAUAACCAGACUUUGGUGAGACAAUUUCAGGGUCACACAGAUGGAGCCAGCUGUAUUGACAUUUCUAAUGAUGGAACCAAGCUUUGGACAGGAGGCUUGGACAACACAGUCAGAUCCUGGGACCUGAGAGAAGGGAGACAGCUACAGCAACAUGAUUUCACAUCACAGAUCUUCUCGCUGGGCUAUUGUCCAACUGGUGAAUGGUUGGCAGUAGGAAUGGAGAACAGUAAUGUCGAAGUGCUGCAUGUUACUAAACCGGACAAGUAUCAGCUACAUCUUCAUGAGAGCUGUGUGUUGUCACUCAAAUUUGCUCACUGUGGCAAAUGGUUUGUAAGCACUGGAAAAGAUAAUCUUCUUAAUGCCUGGAGAACACCUUAUGGAGCCAGUAUAUUCCAGUCCAAAGAAUCCUCAUCCGUGCUUAGCUGUGAUAUCUCUGUGGAUGACAAGUACAUUGUCACUGGCUCUGGGGACAAGAAAGCUACAGUCUAUGAAGUUAUUUAUUAGAGACAAAUCUAAACGCAGGCAGAACUCCUUCUCCUAGCACUUUGCUGUAUUUCAUUUUUUUUUCUCUUUUUUUUCUUUUCUAAACUAAGAACUUAAAUGCUCAUCGCAGUUGUGGAAUUUAUUUUGACCUUCUUAAAUUGCUAUUGAUUUGUGAAUGCUCAUUAAGAACUUGUGAUACCAAACUGUCAGAUAGCUAUUUGGGAGAAGAUUGAAUAAGCAUACUUAACAGUGAACCUGACUCUUUAAUUAUGUAUUAUAGCUGUAAUGUAUUUAUUUUGUGUAAAGAAGGCUUUCUAACAAUGAACUGACUAAAUAAAGCUGUCUGGCCCGGCUUUAGUUUAAAAGGUGCAUUGAAUACUUUGCUUUUUUGCUAGUGGAUAAAUUG